AUGACCACGACAUUAGAGGCCGAUUGCGAAAAUCAGCAUCAUAAUGAAGCAAUCCAAAAAUCAUCGAAAGAAGAAUUAGAGCUUUCCCGCUGGGUAUGCGUUGUUGGUUUAUCGCUUUUUCUCGCUUCAUCCUUCGGCUUCUCGCAGUCUAUCGGAACUCUUCAGUCUUACCUGCAGCUAAAUCAGUUACAAAAAUAUUCUGCAAGAGAUAUAGGCUGGAUCACUGGGCUCGACACUGCUCUCGCUUUGCUGUUUGGUCUUCAAGUCGGACCUCUGAUGGAUCUCUAUGGGCCCAAAUUCUUGGACCCAGUCGCGAUAGCACUCACAAUGUCCAAGUUCUUCUUCUUGGCUGAAUGCAAGGAGUACUGGCAAUUCCUGCUCUGUCUAGGUUUUCUCAGUGGAAUUGGUCCCGCCGUAUCCUCAUCGCUGGCAAUAUCUUCGAUUGGCAAGCUAUUUUCUCGACGGCGUGGUUUGGCGAUGGGUGCAGCCUUGGCGGGCUCAUCAUUUGGCGGAGUCAUAUUCCCUCUUAUUCUUUGUCGAACUCUACCAGAAAUAGGCUGGGCUUGGAGCUCCCGAAUGCUAGGGUUUAUUAUUCUUGGUUUCACGUGCGUCGGGUCACUGUGCCUUCUGCCGUUCACCCGCCUGGCUAUCCCAGAAGUCCGCAGCCAUCACCUUUGA